AAAUAAGAUUAUAAUUUGACAUUCUUCAAUUUUGAAAUGGAAUUACAGUUUUCAUCAUUUUGUCCAUGCGUAAUUUCAUAUUUGAUGAAAUUCUUCCGUCAGCAGUAACAUCUACCUUUGUUUACAUGACCCAACCAUUUAUGACUACCUAUUUUUUCUAGGCCGAAAAUCAUCGUUUAUAUCUGACAUCCGUCUCCUUUUGAAUGAUUAUGUUUUUUAUGGAAACACUGGAUUGUCUAUAAGCAAGUACUUUUUAUCUAGAAUUCAUUCAAUCAUCAAGCCGACCUUGUCCUUUGAUACGUAUUUCCCUGCAAGAGGUCUCAACUGUUAUGACUGCUUGCGAAUCAGAAAAUCAUUUGUAUAUACACACAGCUCAGGUCUUGACACAAAUCCUUUCGAUUCUGACUAAUGGCUCUCACCAUGAUACAAUCGAAGAUACUUGUGUUCAUUACUAUCUUUCUUUACUAUUAUCAUCUGUAUCUGCUUCUGAUUUCUUCUUGAAAUUGGGAUGGGAAAAUAGUCAGCUAAAAAAAGACAUUUACAAUGCAUCCAAGCCGAAUUUUUUGGUGUAUAAUCUUACUGGUAGUAUCAAGUGUUUUGUUGUCAUUGCAGAAUUCAAGUCUACUGAACAAAACUCAUACGUUGAAUCAGACAUGGUAAAGCUGACAAAGCAGAUGAAGAUCGCUUUGAGCGAAUUGAUCAUUAAUGGUGUUAGAAAACCCAAGGUUUGUGGUAUUCAUUGUAAAGGCGAAAAUGUUAACACAUAUGUCACUGAUCUGUCUUCUCCUAAGCUUCAAAAAAUGAUUAAUACCUCUAAAGUCAAGUUGUUCAAGAAUUUGGAUCGAACGUCAAUUCUCCCGGAUGCUAUUUCACAUAUGUUGUGUUUGAAGGAGGUCGCUUCCGAGAACCGCCAUAAAGAUGGAGUCUACUGUGCUCCGUAGCUAUAACGAUUUGAAGCGUCCUGUCUCUUCACCAUCAUUAGAUCAUGCUAAUAAUAUUGUAUCUUUUAAACUGGAUGCAUUUUCCACUAUAGAGAAAGUGAGUAAUUAAAUUGGAGUCGUCAACAUGUAAUUAUAUGUGAAAAUGUGUACGAUACUUGAUGUUUGCAUUAAAGAUCGCUCUUCAUAUAUCAUACAUCAUAAAGUAGAAGUGCAUUUCCUCAGCAUUUUGAGAU